UAAUAAUUAUAGCUUUAAAUCAGGACAGAGGUAGAACUCAGUUUUAGAAUUCAAGUUCUGUUCUGUGUUCCUUGAUUCUAAUCAUGAGAUGCCUCUUCCUGCUUUCUAAACAGUAUCAUGUUGAUCUCAAUCUAAUAAACGUUUAAAGAAAUAUAUGAUUUUGCAUGCGAGCAUCUUGUUGAAGGAAGUAUGCACAGUUCAUGCCUGUGCAAGUGGCUUCUGGACCAGAUAAAUUGUGAAUGUCUUGUAUUUCUUCAUUAAGCUUGCAUUCAAAAUUUGCUUCAUACGUAUUCUAAUGCUAGUUACCCAAAUCUGAUCAAUCUUAAGAUCAGCCCUUUGCUUCAAAGAAAAUUUUGUGGAAAUCUGUUUAGGUAGUUGUAUGUUUAAAUCUCUCCAACAGUGGCAAUCUGCCACCUCAGUGGAAAGGGAAGCACUUUACUUUCCAUACAUUUUGAAAUGCAGGCAUAAUAGUCUGCUUAUGCUCACUAGUUCUGCAGUAACCUGGAGAGUGCUGUGACAGUCCUGUGGUUUCUUAUGACAAACAUGGGAAAGGACAUUUUUUUUCCCUUAACCUGCCCUUUCUUCCCCCCCCCCCCUUUGUUUAAUGAAACUGUUAAUGGGCUCUACAUUAUUACCUGGGCUGGGAAGACUGUUCUUUUUGGAAACAAAUUCUGUUUCCUAUCUUCCGUUUGUGAUAAAGGAGUGACUACAGAACCCUUCCCUGAACAGGCAUAUAUUCAAGCCUCAGUGGGAAGAUAAAUUUUAAAUUGCAAAAAGUUUAUUUGCUGAAGCUUGCUUUUCUGUUACUGGAGUGGUAUCACUGAUAGGAGCAUAGAGUUUCCUAAUGUUAGUAACAUUAUAAAUAUAUCUAUCUUCAAGAUAGCACAGCAUAGGGUUUGUCUUUUCAUACAGAGGCUUAUUAUGUAUACUAUUGAAAUACUUAUAGAAGAGUGGCUUAUUAAAGGAUUAGUUUUAUUUUUAGUACAGAGUGAUAGGACAUAGAUUAAAGCCAAAAUUAGUUAACUUUUCUUGUGAACUUCCGGAAAAGUUGGUAGAUUUCUGUCAAAACAGAGUUUAAAACAUAACAUUGCCUUUUUCUCAGAAAUGAGGUGCCUCUAUUUUGACAGUGUCAUCCAGUGAAUAUAGGCAUCUAUUACACUUUUCUGAUUUUUUUGAUUGCUGAUGUUUUUCCGUCCCAUGUUCAAGUUGGACUUUUAUAUCUUCUUAAUUUAUUUUGUAAGUUUGGGUUCGGCUUUUUUUUCCAAGUCUCUUGUGACAUCUCUAAAGUCCGAGCUACUAUUUUGCUAGCUUACCAUUUUUCUAGACCUCUUGUGCGUUUGUUUGUUUGGUUUGGUUUGGGGUUUCCCCCCCACACAUGUGGUUUGUAUUUUUUCUUAAGGAUGAAUUCCAACAGAAGUUUCUGGAUGAUUUUGUGAUUUUUUUUUUUCUUCCUGUUUAACUUCUCAUGCAUUGUUACAGAAAACCUAACUUAACUUCAAUUUUUCUAUUUAGAAUCUCACUUUAAAUUUUGGUAGCUUUGUGAUAAACGCUUUCUGUCAUACUCUGAAAUGGUAAGGCAUGAAGAACACAAUGAGAGAACAGAAGAGUGACAUGAAAGAACAUCAUUUCUAUCUUUACUUUUCUUUUUUUUCUUUAUCAUACCCUCUGAUGAUGGGUGGGCUACUCUAAACGCUUUUAAAAGACCGUUGCAGUUCUAGUCUGCACUGAACUGUUUUCAGUGGUUUUCUUAAAGUAACUAUAUUAGAAAGUAACGUAACUUUUUUUCGGGAUGUAAGGGAGAUAAUUGAUGCAAGUUAUACCUAACACUCAUAUGGUUUAAACAGCUGUGCCGGUAUGAAUGAAACAUUGACAGGACUAUCCUCUUGCUCAGCUGGCUCAUCUGAAGUUGUUGAUCAAUUAAUUAAUGACUGAAUUUAUGUGAUCAUGAGGUCGCUUGAGGGGGGAGAGUCAUACCCUAUCCGUAUCACUUUGUUCCAUGUUCCUCUUCCUGAGAAGAGAGAAGGUGGCAGGGAUGAAAAAUAUUGAAAACUUUCUAUAACAGCUUCUAGUUUUGCGUAGUCUUAUCUAGUGAAUCAGUAGCUGAAGCUGCUUUCUUUAGAUGUUCUGUUCGCUUACAAUUUCUUUGGCUCCAAGUUCCACUUGUUAGUUUGGGAGUUGUUAAUCCUGUUCCCCAGUAUGUACUUGAGGAAUUCAUCACCUCUUCUAAGGAAGUAUACUGUUAGGUUUUUUUAAUUAUUAUUUUUGCAGUGGGAAAAGUAUAGUUGGCAGGUGUACAGUAUGUAUUUCAAAAGGAAAGUCUACUUUGAAGGAUGUUAGGUAGUUAGCUGUCCGUCUCUACCCUACAGGCUGUGGUAACAGUGAAUCUAGAUUGUUUGAAAUGGUCACAGUAGAUAGCUGCCUGUAAGCUUGUAAGGGUGAGUGUAGCGGCUGAACAGUUGCACAGUAAAGCAGAAGGCAGUAAAAUGCAUGCUGUCAUAUGUAAGGUAGUUGUGAGUUGAGAAGCUGAGUUCAAGAAACAGUCUUAACUGUGGCUCUCAAAUGAUGAGGAUUUUUAGAACAGAAAGGUACAAAAAUGCUGAGAAUCCAGAGAGAAAUUGUAGUCCCUUCUCUCUCAAGUAGUAGUCACAUUUAGUUCUGGGUUAAAAACAGACCAAUGAAGAGAACUUGUAGAUUGCUUAAGGACUGGACCAAUGAAGAGAACUUGUAGAUUGCUUAAGGACUAGUGCAGAACUGACAGAUUUUUAAUGCUUAGUACAGUUGUCUGUUUGCUGUCAUCAAGGAUGACAUACUAAGAAAGGAUGUUAACUUGUUUUUAAUUAAAAUUUUUCAUUUUCGUGUUGCAGAAUGGGUAUAAAUUGUUUAUGCAGAACAAUCAGAUCUGUCUGUGAUAUGGACUAUGAUGGAUCUUAAUUGUUAUUUCCCUAUAUAGAAGUAAAGGAGGAAACUUCUUUAAAAUCUGUCUGUGACUCCUUGAGGCUGUGAAUCUCUUAAUCCCUGCUUGUAGUCCUGCUGAUAUAAAUCUUAAUAGGUACUUUUCCAGUAUCAUCCUUAAGUCCUUAAACUCUUGCAGAUUAUUAUGAUUCCCGUAGUCUCUCCUUUUGAAGCUGUGUAGGAGAAUAUAACUAGGUGAUCUAUGUUGCAUCAGAAGAUGAGAUGUAAUUGCCUGCCAGUGACAGACACAAUAUGCAACUGCUAACAGGUAAUCUCUCUUUAGCUGCAGUUUACAUCUACAGUUACUUUGUGUGAGGAAGUUUUGAAAUGUGUAAGAACUCAUGCUGUCACCUCUGUCACUCCAAUUUUGAAGCUGUAUGUUUGUGAGUUUAAGCCCUUUAGGGGCAGCACUAAUGAUUCUAAAAGGACUUGACCUGCAUGGAAUGAUGUAAUGUUUGCUUCUGGCAACGUAAAACAGAUUGAUUGUCAUAAUUGAUGCUAUUAGAAUCCCUGUGAGCAAUGUCAUAAGAUGCUUCAGUUGAAUAGAUGGAGACACUAAGCUAAGUUCUUAUAUUGUAUGGGAGUGAUUGGGACCUCAGUAUUUUUGACAUCUCCCAACACUUCUAGAUUGUGCAGUAUCUGCUUUAUUUUUUUUUCCUUAAGUUGCCAAAGUUCUUAGUUUUCAAGAAGUGAUGUUUCAGAUGAAAAGAAUGUGGAAAACACAGUAUCCUCAUGAAGGAGUGACUGAGGAGGGUGAAUUGCUUGUCUCUUUAUUGAAAGAUCUGUUCUGAAUCUGAACGACGUCACGUUAAAUGCUUUUCUGUGUUGCUGAUCCCUUUUAAUAGGGAGGGGAGAGGAAAUAAUUCCCAGAGGAUUUGGGAAUUGUUGCAAGGGAUGAAGUGUAAAGGGAAGAACUAAGGAGGCUAUCAAACAAUGAAGAGUACAAAAAUAGAGAAGAGGUAAAUAAAAAGCAUGUUAGUGGUGCUAAAAGGAAAUGUAUUUUUAAAUGAAUUUCAGAUACAAAAUUAAAAAAAAAAAACCCAAAUACUGAUUUGGUAAUAUUGUAAAUGCACAUCCCUCCCUCUAUUUCAGUGAAAGUCAUGGAGCUAGAUCAGUGGAUAGCCAGUUUAGGAAGAGCAGCCUGUAAUGCAGACUUGAUACUAUGGUCCACAUGUCACAACUGAACUUUGAAAUUAGUCUUCAUUGAUAAGUUUGUCAUGCCUUUCAUCCCAGUAGGUGACAUUCUCCAUAUAUCUCUUGUCCUUUUAUCAAGGUAAAGUGGAGAAGUAGGGGUACAGCUUUAGCUGUGAUGCUAGUAAGGGGUCUUUCAAGUUCUAUUUUUAGUGGAUUUUAUUGUCUUAAAACGUGGAGAAAGAGUCCUUUGAAAAGGGCUUAAAUUCUUCAGUACUUUGAACUGAACUGCAGAUGGGAAAAUCUGAACCUGGACAUGGAUAGAGUAAGAAACCAAGUGAGAAAAACAUGGUGAGGAUAAGCAGGAGGAGAAAUGAUGAAAAUCAGAAUAAAAUGUUACAUUUGUGGAAAGGGAACUUGCUCUGCAUUUUUUUUCGUUAAGAAUUCUGUAAAUUUUUUUGAAGUUACAGGAGUAUAUAGCAUACGCUUUCUUAGUUUUUUUUGUAUAGCUGAACUCCUUAGAAACAUUGUGCAUUAAAACAGGAGGAAACCCUAACCUGCUCUUUGUUUGCUUGUUUUCCUAAUUUUUCUAUUGUGUGCAUUAUUAUGCAAGAAAAAUAUCUCCUGUCUUUUCUUUUAAUGGAUUGCUUUGAAAUACACUAUUAUACAUCUUGCUAUAUAUGAGUUAAGUUAUAUGCAAGGAAAACAGGAUAACAAUGAGGAAGAAAACUUAGGAAGAAAAAUAAUUUGUCCUGCAUAUAUAUCUAUGUGCAUGUAGUAUGUGAGUAAGUAUGUAUAUAGACAGGUUUUGGUUGGAAAUCUUUGGCUGUUCUGUUGAAUUGAGUGUCUAGUAAUAAUAUGUAAGAGUAGAAUUUGGGUUAUGUAAUACUGAGAAGUACAAAGUUGUUACUUUGGAGGGGAAAACCACACUUACUGAUAUCAAUAAUUUUAAUAUAUUUGUGCUAAUUAGUUUUUAGUACAUCUAUGUAUCUUACCAAAAAUCUGAAAGGGGAGGAGGGUAGCUUUGAAAAUACAGUAAAACACUGAGAACUCAGUAAGCUCAUUGUUAGAACAUAGACACUUAUACAAUUUUAAGGAUUUUUUUUUCAAUUGUUUUAUAAAAUAGUUUCUUGCACUUUACCUGCUGGCAUUUCAAUUUGGUAGAUAACAUCUGAACUCCAGCAGAGUUUUAUAAUCCCCACGUGCUUAAAUAUACUAAAUGUUCUUUUUCCAUUAAGGUUAAUGUUCGUGAAGAGAUUGAAGAGUUUUUUCCAAGAAUGUGGAAGAUAAAUCAAGAUAAAAGAAGGCUAAUGAAAAGUAUUAAAGAUCAGAAAAUUAAAAUUGAAUGGGGGAAAAAAUUGAACAGAAGAUUGGUCAGAUAGAAGCACUUGAAUGUUUUUUUAAGGCUAUAAUGAAUUGUUUGAAUUGGGGAAGAAUACACGAAGUAUGAAAAAUGAAAAACUCAAUGAAGAAUGAAGAAAAGUAGAAAGCAAGAGUGAAGUAGAAUUAAAAGAAUCUGGAAGAAUGAAUGGGUCCUAGGUUAAGUAAAUGUAUGGUUUAUGUUCCAGUGUCUGUAUGAUCAAGUUGUAGAUGAAUUUGCAUGAUUACUUAGUUAAUAGAGAAUUGGUGAUCUGGUUCAAGCAGGGAACUAUUUGAGGAGAGCAUACAAUAUUAACAGUGGGUUAGCAAACUGAAAUUUGUUCUGGAGGGUAUUGCCUAACCAUUUGUUUUUCAGGAGCAAUCAAUAUAAUAGAAUUACUGUACUUUAAAUGUUAGGAGUUAGGCAUUUGUACAACCAAUACCAUUUGUAAUACUGUCUUCUUUGUUAGGAGUCUCGCUCCCAGUCAAAAUCUCCAGCUGGGAGUCCUGCUCGUGUAAAAUCGGAGAGCAGGUCAGGAUCUCGCAGUCCAUCGAGGGCUUCCAAACAUUCUGAAUCGCACUCUAGGUCAAGAUCAAAAUCAAGAUCCAGGUCCAGAAGACAUUCGCACAGACGUUACACUCGAUCCAGAUCCCAUUCCCAUUCUCAUUCCCAUAGGAGACGUUCUCGAAGCAGAUCAUACACACCAGAAUACCGUCGUCGAAGGAGCCGUAGUCAUUCUCCAAUGUCCAACAGGAGAAGACACACUGGCAGCAGAGCUAAUCCAGAUCCUAAUACUUGUCUUGGAGUGUUUGGUCUCAGUUUGUAUACCACUGAGAGAGACUUGCGUGAAGUCUUUUCCCGUUAUGGACCUUUGACUGGUGUCAACGUGGUUUAUGAUCAACGGACUGGACGAUCCAGAGGAUUUGCUUUCGUUUAUUUCGAGAGAAUUGAUGAUUCUAAAGAGGCAAUGGAGCAUGCAAAUGGUAUGGAGCUGGAUGGCAGGAGGAUUCGGGUGGAUUACUCAAUCACCAAGAGAGCACAUACACCCACUCCAGGCAUCUAUAUGGGCAGGCCAACACACAGUGGAAGAGGUGGUGGUGGAGGAGCAGGUCGUCGCCGUGACUCUUACUAUGAUAGGGGCUAUGACAGAGGAUAUGACAGAUAUGAAGAAUAUGACUACAGAUACAGGAGACGAUCACCCUCACCCUAUUACAGCAGAUACCGAUCACGAUCAAGAUCCCGUUCCUAUAGUCCAAGGCGCUACUGAAGAUCAGAAGAGUACAGCUGAGGACUUGAUUUUUAAAUAUAAAGUUCGGAUCUUAGCUUCCCUUUUGCUUUCCCUCCCAUUCCUCCCUUCCUUGCCCUCCAUCCAGCUCUUUUACAGAUCUUUGGUUCAUUUAGAAUAUACAUAUUUUCAGUUGAAGUAUUCCUGUUUUCCAUCCCUCUUAAUUGUAAUACUCUUAAAUAUUGUAAUUGUGGUAGUUUUUGUGUAGUAAAACAUCUUAAGCAAAAUUAAAUAGAAACCCCAAGGUGUUGAUACAUUUUGGAGGUCAUUCUGAUUUUGUUUUUAAAACGAUUGGACUCUUGACUAAUCAAAAGAGAAGAGAGCAUUGAUAUUUUUAAAGCUUGCAUGUCAUAUGUAAUAUGCACACUCAAAUACUUUAAUAUAAACCUACAUUUCCAAGUAACUCGUUAAUCUUUCUGUUAAGAUGUUUACCUAUUACUUUGAGAAACAAGUAACAACUUUGAGCCUUUUCUGUAAUGACAAAUUUAUUUCAAUAGUCGUGAACCAGAGGAUCUUUUUGUCAGGUAGUUGCUUUGAGUGUAGAAUAUUUGAGCUAGAGCAAAAUUUGAUAUUUGGUUGACUGGGAAAACAGAUUCUUGUACACUGAAAAUUAAGGCUGUGUUUUAUAGAUUAAGCUUCCAAACUGCUACACAGUGGAUAACAUUUGAAGUUGAAACCAUAUAUGUUUUUUUUUUAAUUGUACUCUGUUGAAUAUUUUCCCUUUAAUCAGUGCAGGAGAAAAAAACUAUUUAUUGAACAUAGCAAUUAGUUGUAUAAUUUGCUGUUCAUUUAAAGAAAAAACAAAACCUUUUUGGUAUUGCAAUAAUGGUUAAGCAAGUUUUGUUUCCAGUCGUUUUUGGAGUUUGACAAUAUGGAUGGAAAAACCUACAACUACAUGUAAACCUUUUUUCCUCAAUAAAAGUUAAUUCCACUGA